ACAACCCAAAUUGAAGAUGAAACAAUAUGGCUUUGUGUUUGGUUCCGAAUUCUCAAGGUAUUGGCAUCACUUCCAAUCGGAUUCGCAGUGUUCAUGGUUCACUUGGCCACCAUUCCAAUCACCGGCACAGGCAUCAACCCUGCCAGGAGCCUUGGAACUGCAGUGAUCUACGGCCAAAAAAAGGCAUGGGAGGACCAAUGGAUCUUUUGGGUUGGACCCUUCAAAGGUGCAGUCAUUGCAGCCUUGUACAACAAAUUCAUCUCGAGAGCCGGAGCCGUGAAAGCCCUGGGGUCAUUCAGGAGCAAUCCCCAUACCUGAUUUCUUAGAGAGAACUCAUGCUUCCUUCUUGAUUGUGUUGUGGGAAAAAUUCAAAAGGAAGAGACGAAAUGAGAAAAAGGAAAUGAAUAACGGAUGAUCGAUGGUUUGUGCUAUGUAUUGGAGGUUUCUUUCUUGAGCUCUCAUUGUUUCUCUUUGUUUUUAUUGUUCAUGAUUAGAUGUGAGGACGAGAGUAUCUAAGGACCAUGGAAAUGUAGAUAAAGUCUCUUUUGGAUUAUCGACAUGUUUGUCUUGCUACUCUACCUUUCAAUCUAAUCUUAAACUAGUUAAUCAGUGGAUUUCUUUUUGUGC